CAAACAUUGGCGUUACAUCCUGCUGUCCAUACAAGUCGAAACAUUUUUCAGCUGUGUAAAUAUGGUGUUUCAGCGUGGCGUAAAGAUUUAUCGCAUGCGCUGCGAGCUACGCCACAUGCCGAUAUUGGGCAGCUUCCAACGGGACAAGCCGUGUCACCAUUAUCCGUGCUAACGGCAAUCGCCCAUAGCUGCCAUAAUGUCAAUAUCCGUGGUCUCGCUCUCUGAAGCUUUGGAUCCUCGUUUCAGCAUCAAAACCUGAUAAUGCACCUCCAAAGCCGUCCUCAGGUCCGCAUGACACAACGCCUAGCCGUGCAGCAGUCCAAGAGCCUUAUAGCCUCCCUUCCGUAACUCUUCCAAAAAGCGGAGGAGCAAUUAAAGGCAUUGGCGAAAAGUUCUCGGUUAGCCCAGCGAAUGGCACAAGCAGCUUCUCAGUCCCCAUUAAGACUAGCAAAGGCAGAGGCGACAGUACGAUCGAACUGAGCCUUUCUUAUAGCUCAGGCGCAGGAAAUGGCCCUUUUGGCAUUGGCUGGCAAAUAUCCAGUCAGGCGAUCACGAGAAAGACGGACAAAGGGUUACCGCAGUAUAUGGAUGCAGAAAAUUCAGAUGUGUUCUUGCUCUCUGGAAUGGAGGACCUUGUGCCGGUACAACAAUUGAAAUCCGAUGGCACAUUCGUCAAUAAAAUCGAAUUCCGUGUGCAACAUGGAAAAACAUUUCGAGUUGCUCGAUAUAACCCCAGAAUUGAGAGUGGAUUUUUAAGGAUUUUGAGACUCACGGAUACGGAAACAUAUGACACAUAUUGGGAGGUCAAGACGGAUAACAAUAUUACCACCAUCUUCGGCGACAGUCCAAACAGCAGAACAUUCGACCCUUUCGAUCCAAGUCGCGUGUUUGAAUGGCUACCUAGCAAAACCUACGAUGACAAGGGUAAUAUCACCUUGUAUGAGUACAAGGAGGAGGACUCCAGUGGCGUAGAUCUUAACUCUUUACCUGAGCUACAGAGAUCUACCCUUUCCAGAACCGCAGCUAGGUACAUUAAGCGUAUAAAGUAUGGAAAUACUGUCUCGGCACUGAGCCCAACUUUCAAGGCCACCAACAGCUGGAUGUUCGAGAUUGUUUUUGACUAUGGCGAUCACGACAGUCAACAUCCUCGGUCAGAAACAUCGCAGCCUUGGCCUGUUCGCUCAGAUCCCUUUUCUUCGCGUCGUUCAUGUUUCGAAAUUCGCAUGUACCGUCUAUGUCGGAGAAUUCUCAUGUUCCAUCACUUCCCUGACGAACCUGGCGUUGGCAAGGAUUGUGUAGUCGCAUCAUUCAACAUGAACUUUGAAACCGUAAAUAUGGACCAAUCAAACGGCUACUCUAUAACCACGGUUCUAAAAUCGGUUACACAAGAACAUUGGAGGAGGGCCAAAGGAGACGACUAUGAGAAGGAACAUUUGCCUCCGCUGGAGUUUACCUAUUCCAUGGCUCAACCAUCAAAACAGUCAAAAGUUCUGAAGUCUUCGUCAUUAGCAAACCUUCCAGCAGGAUUGACUGGAGACUAUCAACUGGUGGAUCUUGAGGGUCAGGGUCUCGCUGGGGUUGUCCUACGUACAGAAGGAAGUUUGCAGUAUAUGGCAAAUUUAGCAAAUGGAGAAUUCGGGCCGACGGAAACAAUAUCAACUAAUCCAAGCGCGGUAUUUAAGAAAGGGUCUGAGCAGUGGAUGGAUCUUUGUGGUGGUGGCAAGAUUGAGCUGGUCCAGCUGAGUGGAAGUGCCCCAGGAUUCUACGAGCGCGACCUAGAAGAACCUGGGGGCUGGAACACGUUUCGUACCUUCAAGUCCUAUCCAAAUGUCGCUUGGGACAACAAGCAGCUCAAAUUUUUGGAUCUUACUGGAAAUGGAAUCGCUGAUGCCGUCAUAAUAGAUGAUUACGAGCUUAGGAUAUACCCUGGGCUAGGAAAUGACGGGUUUGGUAGUCCGUGGUAUGCAUCGCCACCAACAGAAGAGGGCCCGGGCUCUAAUGCUCGGCUCUUAUUUUGGGAUGGUACAGAAGCACUAUACACUUCAGAUAUGACAGGAGAUGGGCUAGCUGAUCUGGUUCGAGUUCGUUACUCCGAGGUUUGCUACUGGCCGAACCUCGGCUACGGCAAAUUUGAUCGUAAAGUUAUUAUGGAUGGCACGCCAAUUUUCGAUUCAGAAGAGCUCUUUGAUCAGAAGUACUUGCGGCUUGCAGAUAUUGACGGAUCAGGGACGACAGACAUUGUUUACCUUGGAAACAGAGUAACAAUGUAUCAAAACCUUAGCGGUAACGCUUUAAGCAAAGGUAUUGAAGUGCCUGGUUUCCCAGGUAUCGAUGUGUCAACAAACGUGCAGGUGACGGAUUUGCUCGGUCGGGGUACUGCGUGUUUGGUGUGGUCUUCUAACCUUGCUAGCGAUUCUGGUCGUCAGAUUCGUUAUCUGGACUUGAUGGAAGCUGGGAAGCCAUAUUUGCUCGUCAGCAUGGACAACAAUAUGGGCUGGGAGACGCGUCUGACUUAUGAAGCAUCAACACAGUUCUACGCCAGAGACAAGAAACUUGGCAGACCUUGGACAUCUCUGCUCCCAUUUCCUGUCCAAUGCGUUUCAAAAACUGAAGUGGUUGAUCGAGUCAGCAGAAACCUCUUUACCACUACCUACGCGUAUCAUGAUGGGUUCUUCGAUGGUGUCGAGCGAGAGUUCCGUGGGUUCGGCAUGGUAGAAACCUUGGAUACCGAAAAGUACUCCAGCCUUGAAUCGCGCGAAGAUAGCUUUGAUAAUAUUAGCAAGCACACCAAUGUGCCACCGACGCUAACUAAGACCUGGUACCACACCGGCGAAUAUCGCGAUGGAGCAGCCGUCGCAACAUACCCAGAUGUCCCAUACUGGGCUGGGGACAAAUCUCAAAAAGUGCUUCGGUCACUCUCGGAAACAACCCUUCCAUCGUCUAUUGUCACGCUUUCAGGCACCACAUCAUACCUAUCGGAUGCUCAAGAAAGACGAGAGGCAUGUCGAGCACUUCGGGGCAAUAUGAUGCGGUCAGAGAUAUAUGCAAUCGACGGAUCGGACUUGCAAGCUAUUCCUUAUUUAAUCAAAGAAUCCAAUAUGCACAUUGAACAACGCCAGCGUCUUGGCUCCAAUCGUCAUGCCGUAUUCUUCGUCCGACCGAAAGAGUCACUCGAAAUGGUCUACGAUAGGAAACAGUAUCGACAUGGCACAACGAAAUAUUUCGACCCGCGUGUUUCUCACACACUCACACUGGAAACCGACUACUAUGGGAACCCCCUUAAAGCAAUGACCGUGAGCUAUGGUCGAGAGCACGAUGAUCCAGAUCCACUUCUACACGAUGAGGAUAGGAGAUCGCAGAAGAAGAGCUACGCAGUCCUGUCGCGGACAACAACAACAAACAGUCUAGAUCAAGCUCAAACGUAUCUUCUUCCUAAGCCAGCUGAGUCACAAUCUUAUGAGAUCAUCAACAUAGACAUCUGUAGACGACGUCAUGGAGGACAAAACGGCCGAUUAGGCUUAGUUUCAUUUGCAGAGGCGUCGCAGGCUGUUUCCCUUCUCGCAACUGGAAACUUUGACAUCCCAUUUGAGAACUUUUCUGGACCUUAUCCGUCCCCACGGCACCUAUAUCGACGUUUGUUAAAAGAGAGCAUAGCAUUUUAUCGACGUGAUGACUUUAAUGGCCCCCUUCCUCUUGGUGUAAUCGAGCCCCUGGGGCUGCCAUGGAAAACCUUUCAACUGGCACUAAGCGACAGCCAAGCGGAGCAAUACAGUAAGGCGGGCAAGAUCUCAUCCGAAGAUUUGAAUGCAAUUCUUCAGAGUGACUGUGAUUACUUUAGGGUGCCAAAGAGAUCAGGGUGGUGGAUCUCCUCUGGUGAAGCCUUUUUCUCACCUGAUCGGGAGACCACUGCAGAGGAAGAACUACGAGAAGCAAGAGAGCACUUUUUCGUCAUUCGCCGUUCGCGUCCGCCGUGGGAUAGACCGGAAGACCCAGCUGAAUCGUUCUACACCUUUGACAAGUAUGAUCUCUUGAUACAGGAGGCGCGCGAUGCAUACGAUAACAGAGUAACGGUUGGAGAACGAGCCGUUGAUCCAUAUCUUCCGCUUGUCAAGAUGGGCAACGAUUAUAGACUGCUCAGACCAUUUUUAGUCAUGGAUGCCAAUAGAAACCAUUCUGAGGUGCUAUUUGAUGUCUUGGGAAAUGUCAUUGCUGCGGCCGCAAUGGGAAAGCCCGAAGAGAACGUCGGAGAUUCACUGGAAGAUGUUCAACGAAGUCUUAGUGAUCAAGAGAUGAGAGACUUCUUCCAAAACCCUAUAACCCUAUCAAAGCAGUUGCUUGGGAGUGCUACAUCGCGUACGUUAUUCGACUUCUUCUCGUACUACCGCACAAAACACGACAAACAUCCACAGCCUAACUGGGUAUCAUCUCUGUCGCGGGAGACCCACGUAUCCGACCUCGCUGAAGGCGCCUCGAGCAGAGUAUUUGUCACGAUGACGUAUUCUGAUGGAUCCGGCCGAUCAAUCCAAACAAAGGCCCAGUGCGAGCCCGGACCGUUGCUAGGACCAGGGUGCUGUGAGGACGUAAACGAGGAUGCGGAAGCAGGCACAAAAGACAACGAAGGCUGCCGAUGGGCGUCUACAAGAUGGCUGGUGAGCUCUUGGGUGAUAUUGAACAAUAAAAAUAAGCCAGUCAAACAGUAUGAACCCUUCUUUAGCAAAACUCAUGCCUUUCAAUAUCGCGCCAUAUACGGUGUGUCUUCGACAACCCUAUAUGACGCAGUUGGGAGGACAGUCGCCGUCCUAUCUCCAGAUCACACCUGGACAAAGGUCAGAUUUGGUCCUUGGAGCAGCGAUAAGUGGGAUAAAAAUGAUACAGUUCUCAUUCGAGAUCCUUCACAGGAUGCGGAUGUAGGUCCUUUUUUUGCACUUCUCCCACGCGAAGAUUAUAUGCCGACCUGGUAUCAAGAGCGUGCACAUGGUCAGAUGGGCGCCAUUCAACAGGAAGCGGCUCAAAAGUCUGCCGCAGCUGCGAACACUCCGACCACGGUCUUUUUUGAUUCGUUAGGUCGUGUGUGUCUAAGUCUAGAAGUGCUUCGAGACCCUUUGCAAGCAGCAUCUUCUGGGACCAUCUUACGACAGCCCUCAUAUAUAGAUGUUCAAGGCCUCCCCUACAAGGUUACAGAUACUUUGGGCCGCCUGACGUCAACAAGCAUCUACAGUAUAGGCGGAACGGUUCUCAGUGAGACCAACUUUGACAAUGGCACAAAAUGGGUGUUGGUGGAUUCCUCUGGCAAAUCAAUUUUGACGUGGAAUGCCCGACAACAACGAUUCAAGACGGAAUAUGACCGUAAUAGACGAGUUAUUGGCCUUCAUCUCAAAGAAGGCAACAAAGAGCACCUCGUCGAAAAGUCGACCUACGGCGAGACAGAACCUGACCCUGAAAAGCAUAACGCGAGGGGUCGUAUCGUCCGCACCUAUGACCAGAGUGGCAUAACGAAAACUCCCGACUAUGACUUUCAAGGAAAUAUUAUACUCAGCGACCGACAAUUGGUUAGCGACUACAAGAAUAUUAUUGACUGGCAUUGUGAAGAUGCGGUCUCACUUGAGCCAGAGACGUUCGUUGAAAAGAUCUUGUUUGACGCGCUGAGCAAGCCUAUUCAGACAGUACUCCCGGAUGGAACCGUCACUGUCUACCACUAUAACGAUAGGGCUCUUAUUAAUAGUGUGAUGAUUACCGUUCCAAGCUCCGACGUUACGAGCGAGGCUAUCCGGGAUAUUGAGUACGACGCAAAAGGCCGACGCACAAAAGUAGUGAAUGGAAACGGAGUUCAAACUGUCACUUCUUUUGACCCAUUAACAUUCAGAAUCUGUCGUAUUGAAAGUUUCCGAGAGCAUACGAGCUCAAGCCCGAGCACGAGUAGCUCUGAGGGUAGCCCCCAACAUCGCUUAAAGCCCAGACCUAAAAGGAGGAGGACCAAACGGUAUCAAGAUCUGCGCUAUACAUACGAUGCCUCUGGAAACAUAACACACGUUGCAGAUAAAGCAUCGAAAGCCGUCUUCUUCCGCAAUCAACGAGUUGAAGCCUCACAGUCUUUUACUUACGACUCUCUGUACAGGCUCAUCGAAGCGACUGGGAGAGAGCAUCUUGGACAGAUGCAUACAACUAGAGCCAAACACUCUUCUGGUCAGAAUCAACCAACAGCGGGCGAUAGUAUCUACCAUCCGAAUAACGGGCAAGCUCUGGGACGUUAUGUUGAACGGUAUGUAUAUGAUGCGGUGAACAAUCUGCAGAAGAUGCAUCAUUCAAACUUGACCGAGAAUGCGAACUGGACGAGGCAUUACCACUACGAGGAGCCAAGUCUUGUUGACAACAAACAAGUUAACAACCGGCUCAGUUAUACAAAGAUUGGUGAUACAAUAGAGAGAUACCGAUAUGAUGGGCUAGAAAAAGAGUCAGGUAGCAUGAAAUCCAUGCCUGGAUUACCGCAUUUGAACUAUGAUUAUGGCGAACACAUGGCGUCCUCGGUUCACAGUCUGGGAAGCGACGGAGAGGCCAAAGAAACAACCUACUAUAAGUAUGACGGUACGGGCAAGCGUGUUCGCAAAAUCACUGAGCGGCAUUCCAGCUCAGACAAGGCGUCUAUAAUCAAAGAAACUAUCUAUAUUGGCGGCGCAUUUGAAGUAUUUCGACGAUAUACUGCGGCGUCAAAGUCAUUGGAAGUCAACAAUAUUCGCAUCAUGGAAUCUGGCCGCCAACUACUGCUGAUCGAGAAUCGGGUCGCAGGGGGGGAUGAUAGGCUACCAGGGCUGCUCUACAGAUACCAACUCGCCAAUUUCCAGGGAUCAGCUCAGAUCGAACUAGAUCAGGAAGGCAAGUUGAUCUCGUACGAAGAAUACACCCCGUAUGGCAUAUCAUCUGUCAAGGCAAACUUUGAGCAAACUGAGAUCCCGAAACGGUACCGCUUUCUCGGCAAAGAAAGGGACAUAGAGACGGGGCUAUACCAUUUGGGCGCACGAUACUACGCGCCGUGGCUAGGACGAUUCGUCUCUGCUGAUCCAAAGGGCUCAGUAGAUGGAUCCAAUUUGUACCAAUACUCGCAUGGAAAUCCUGUUAUGCUCGCUGACCCAGGCGGAACUGCCGCGGCACCAGCUACUGGCGCACCACCGCCAUCAGCUGCUCUAGGGUGGACGAGCGACGUGAUACGAUCAAGAGCCAGGGACUGGAUUGUUUUUGAGAAUUUGCCAUCUUGGGUCUCUGGACUACGGGAAUGGCGUGUAUUCGGUAGGAUGGCAGCUGGAGACUUUGCAGCCAUGCUUCAAAACCGAAUGAUAGCUAGCGGCGUGAAAGCAGCAGAUGUGGCGGCCAAGUUUGAGCAAUAUCUUCCGAAUGCCACGACAGGAAAGCGGCUUGGGUCAAGCUUCAUAGACUUCAUGUUUCCGGCACUGAAACAGGCGUACGAGCACAAACUCAUGGAUUUUACAAAGUACUCAGAGGACGGAGUACUUGCAGUGUCGGAGCUUAGAAGUGCGUUUGGAGGGGCAGACGGCAUCAUCGCUCAACUUGAGAAGCACACGGCCAACAUUGCCGCGAAGUUUGGCACAGGCUGGGAGACACGGCUAGCAGUUACGAUUCGCGGGGUUGAGCACGGGUCACCAGGAUGGACUGCCAUGACGACAGAAAUCAACGACAUCAUGGCCAGGGCGGGGCAACUCGCGCCGAUGAUUGAGCAUGCCAACAAUCCGGCCAUCAUGGCAGCGCGAGAAGGUCUGGAUUCAGCGGCGAUGGCAUUCAUCGCCAAGGCGGGCGGCCUAGCCAAGUUUGUUGGCGCAGGUGCCGAGGUUCUAGGGCCGUUGGCGGUUGGGGUGGGCGUUCUCAUGAUGCCGUCACAGGCUAGAGCCGCGACAAACUCGGCAGAAAAGCCGAGUACGCGCACCCAGGCAGCGCUUGAUCUAGGUUCAGGUGUCACUAGUGUCGGCGUCGCUGUUGUGGCGGCAAAGGCUACGGCCAUUACUGCAGCCGCCGGAACGACGGGAGCGGCGGUAGCGGCUGGAGUUGUCGUUGCAGGCGCUGCAGUCGGCGGUGCCGCGGCUGGGGCUCUAGCUGGAGGAUAUGUAGCAGAUAAAGUCGAGCAUUCAGAGUUUGCACAGGAGCACUUAGGAGAGACUGGCGCGGCGCUGGCAGGCUACGGAACAGGAGUGCUCGCUGGAGCCGCUGCGGGAGCUCUUGUUGGUGCUGCUGUUGGAAGCGUGUUGCCCGUGGUAGGAACUGCGGCUGGCGCGGUUAUAGGUGGUGCAGCUGGAGCACUGGGUGCUGAAGCGAAGAUUCUCAUAUCUAAGUACUGGAGUUGAUGUGGGUGAACAUUCCAGGGCGUCGGUGUAUAUUUUUUUUUGGAUAAGUUGUGUGAUUCUGCAUAAUCUUCUCAAAUUAUGACCUCGGAGAGCAUCCUUCUAUUAUUAUAACUAGAAUGACUAUAUAUAUUUGCUAAUUCAAGUUGAGAUGAUUUU